AUGGCAACUGAAAGUCCUGUGAGCAUUGUGGAGAGCAGUGGAGCUGGAAAGUGGGUCUCUUCUAAGGAUGCUGUGACAUUUCGAUCACCACUAAGUAAUAUGGCUGCAGAUGAGUUGGGAUUGCUUCUCAAGGGGAAUAAAAUUCAUAAAAAUCAGAGAAACCUAGGUCCCGAUCGAAGUGGUAGUGCACCUCCAAGUAUAGAAGGCUCUUUUGCAGCUUUUGGGAACCUUAUGGCUCAACAUAGUUUAAAUCUGAAUUCUAGUGUCUCGAGUUUAAGAAGUGUUAUUGAAAAUUGUCAGUCUGAGGAACAACUACGUGCUGACCCAUCAUACUUUGCAUACUAUUCCUCUAAUGUCAACUUGAACCCAAGGCUGCCUCCACCUAUUAUCUCUAGGGAGAAUCGGCACCUAGGACGUCAUGUCGGUAGUGUUGUUGGCAAUAGCUGGAGAUUAAACAACUCUUUUGAUGACAGUGACAAUGAAUUCUUGAACUUCUCUAGAGCUUCCCUUUCUACACAUGAUGAGGAGCCUGAGGAAGAUAGGUCACCCCAACAAGCUUCAGAGGACUGGGCAGACAGGAGUUGUGCAUUCCUGCAUGGGCAGAAUGCAUCAUCCUUAUCAGGUCAUCACAAAAGUUUGGUUGAUCUAAUCCAGGAGGACUUCCCUCGCACUCCCUCUCCUGUGUAUAAUCAAUCUCAUGCCUCAAGCCAUGCUACGGCAGAGGAACCAGUUGAUUGUAAUGUUGAAGCCAUUUCAUUGGAUAAUCUUUCUAUCAGUAUCUCAAAUCUACCUGAAUCAAAAUCUGGUUCUGUUGCCGUUUUCAUGGAGACUGCAAAUGCUCGUGGGUUAGCAGCUGAUAAUGAUCCGCCAUUUGCCUCUCUUUCUAAAAAAUCAAAUCCUGAUACAGUGAGGAGUUCAACUGCUCCUCACCAGGUCGAAGUAUCAAAUAAAUAUGCUGGUUUAGGGGAUGAUGUCUCAGUGAGUGGAUCCACCAGGAAAAAACAGGAGCAAGAGUUUUUAGAGAAGAAUUUGCAAGUGGCCCAGAAUCCUUAUUCACAGCAAAGCACUGCUCAUCAAGUUCACAGAUUUCAGGCUGAAGUGGUUGCUCAAGGAGUAAAUCAGACACACAAUGGCUUGGAUAAAGUUCCCCAUGGUCAGCCUAAGUUCUCCUCGGUUGAGGUACAAUCACUACUGCAACCUCCUGGACUCGUCCCUCCUUUAUAUGCAACAGCAGCAGCCUAUAUGACACCGGGAAAUCCAUUUUACCCUACGCCAAAUCAAUCUGGCUUGUAUUCUCCUCAAUAUAAUGUGGGCGGAUAUGCUUUGAGUUCCACAUUUUUUCCCCCAUUUGUUGCUGGAUAUCCAUCUCAUACUGCUAUACCUCUGCAUUUUGAUGCCACAUCUGGACAAAGCUUUAAUGGCCGAACUGCUGGAGUGUCAACAGGGGAAAGCAUUCCACACACAGCUGAUUUUCCACAGCUAAACAAGUUCUAUGGGCAGCAUGGAUUAGUGGUGCAACCUUCUUUUCUGGAUCCUCUUCACAUGCAAUACUUUCACCAUCCUCUUGAGGAUGCAUAUAGUGCUCCAGGGCAGUAUGGUCGUUUGGCAUCAACGGGUGUGAUUGGGGACCAGACUAAUUCUUUUGUUUCACAAAAAGAAUCAACUGUUGCUGCUUAUAUGGGCAAUCAGACAUUUCAUCCUCCACCCAAUGGAAGUCAGAGCAUUCCAAGUCCUAGGAAAGGAGGGAUUAGUAAUUAUUACGGAAACCACCCAGGGGUGGGCAUCAUGACACGCUUUCCAGCUUCACCUCUUGGUAGCCCAGUACUGCCAGGAUCUCCUGUGGGAGGGUCCAAUCAUUCAGGAAGGAGAAAUGAAAUGAGAUUUCCUCAUGGAGUAUAUUCUGAAUGGCCAGGACCAAGAGGCUCUGAUAGCUAUAAUGACCCUAAGAAGCAUUCCUUUCUGGAAGAACUUAAAUCCAGCAAUGCUCGAAAGAUCGACUUAUCUGACAUUGCAGGGCGGAUUGUCGAAUUCAGCAUUGAUCAACAUGGGAGCCGGUUUAUUCAGCAGAAGUUGGAAAACUGUAGUGUUGAAGACAAGGCCUCAGUUUUCAAAGAAGUUCUACCACAUGCUUCAAAAUUAAUGACAGAUGUUUUUGGGAAUUAUGUUAUACAAAAGUUUUUUGAACAUGGGAGUCAUGUGCAAAGGAAGGAACUUGCAAAUCAACUCUCAGGACAGAUGUUACCUUUAAGUUUACAAAUGUAUGGCUGUCGUGUGAUUCAGAAGGCCCUUGAGGUCAUAGAUGUUGACCAGAAAACCAUACUCGUGCAUGAGCUCGAUGGCCAUAUCAUGAGAUGUGUACGAGAUCAAAACGGAAAUCAUGUAAUUCAGAAAUGUAUCGAAUGUGUACCUACAGAUAAAAUUGGAUUUAUUAUUUCUGCUUUUCGAGGCCAAGUUGCUACACUUUCUACUCAUCCCUAUGGCUGCCGUGUUAUUCAGAGAGUCCUAGAACAUUGUUCAGAUGAAUCACAAACUCAAUGCAUUGUGGAUGAAAUAUUGGAAUCUGCUUAUGUUCUCGCUCAAGACCAGUACGGCAAUUAUGUCACCCAGCAUGUUUUGGAGAGGGGGAAAUCUCAUGAAAGAAGCAAAGUUAUCAGCAAGUUGAGUGGGAGAAUUGUACAAAUGAGUCAGCAUAAGUUUGCGUCAAAUGUAGUCGAGAAGUGUUUGGAAUAUGGUGAUGUUGCUGAACGGGAACUCCUGAUUGAGGAGAUUCUUGGACAAUCUGAAGCAAAUGACAGUUUAUUGACAAUGAUGAAGGACCAGUUUGCAAAUUAUGUGGUCCAGAAGAUUCUUGAAAUGAGCAAUGACAAACAACGGGAAACUUUGCUCAACCAAAUCAGGGCUCAUCUUAAUGCCUUGAAAAAAUACACCUACGGAAAACACAUAGUUGCUCGAUUUGAACAGUUAUCUGGUGAAGGUGCGUGGAUUUUCUAUUUCUGUGACUUACUUCCACGAUCCAUCAUGUUGUCUUUUGUGGUGUGGAAGAUUAUCUAGCUUUACAUCAUUUGGAUAGCGUCUCCAUAUUUAUGCUUUUUGAAGCCCAAUACAUGUUAGAGAAAAUGAGGAAUCAAAAAAUGCACCAAUAUAUUUUUGUUCCCUUCUAAAACUAGUAGGGAUACAGACAUACAUAUACAUUUUCAUAAAUAUAUACUUUUGCAAUAAAGUGUUUUUGGCUGGGGUUAGUAGUUGUUUCAUAGUAAAAGCAGACAAUUAUAGCCUAACAAGACUUCUGUAUUUUCUUCAUUGCUUUUCUUUCAUCAGCACGUUAAUGUCGUUAUUAACACCACUGGCACCCCUAUCAUAUCUACAACUCUUGUGACCAUUAACUUUGCAAUAGAACAUGAACAUCAUCUUCACGCCGCCUUCCAUCUCCCUGGUUGAUGGCCUCUCUAGCACCACCUCUUCCCCAGCUACUUCUGGCACUAGCACCAGACUUAUCGGAUUGUAUGCCACUAUCCAUUACCACUGAAGCUCUACCCCACACCAUUAUCACCACUGGGACACCUUAAUCACCAUUACUACCACUAGAGUUGCCAACACGAGUAAUGCCACACACACCUACUUACCAAUUUUUUUUAUCGUUUGAUUUUUUUUAUUUUUUGGUAGGGUUAUGGUUUCUGUAUAUGGAUUUAUUGAACAUGCCGUUAGUUUUAUCUUUGCAUCUGAAAAGAGUCGAUAUUUAACAAGAAAAAACAGAAACUAAUAUGGCAAAUAUCUUGCAUUUUGAAGUUUCUUCAUGAGGCAUGACCAAACAUUGCCGUGUAUUUACUUAAUGCUAUUGUAUGAAGAUGCCAUCUACCUAUACCAUGUGGAACAUAGAUUUUGACGUUUGACAACUAUCCACAUGAUGUGGACCGAAUAUUUUAUUUGAUUAGUUUUUUCUGGUAUCAUUAUAUACUUUUCUUGGAAGCCACUUGGCAGGGUUCAACUUCCCUUCCCUGCCUGCUCUCCAGGGGUAGUGCUUGAUACCCAAUUGGGCCAACACCAAAUGCUUGGUCGAGGAGAUUAUAUGGCUUAAUUGUGGUUAUCUGGAUUUUAAAUUCACUAAUCCUCAAGACUGAGGCCGUUAUAAAAAGUAAACCCAGUUGCUCGGCUGAGCCCAUAAAAUUUAGGGGUUGGGCCAGAUUUUUUGGCUCAUGUGCAGGGCUUGGGCAAAGUAUUUGCCUGAUAUUGUUCCGGGCCUGGCUGGAAGUCGUGUCCCACUUCCAAGAUGGAACAGUACCUUAUGUAUAGCAGAUUAUAUUAUUAUGUCAUUUGAUAUUAUUUUGGUUUCAAAAGUAUAAACAUUUAAAAAUAAAAAAGUUGUCGAUGCAGGGCAUGGGACUAGAGAUCCUGGCCCGAGCCGCCUAUCUGAACCUGGGCU